AUGUCACAACUAGAAAAAAGAAAAUACCCUUUGAGAAAUUCAUCAAACAAGAAAUCCAAAAAUAUGUUGAAUGAAUCAACUAAAGUUAAUGCUAAUCACAAUAUUACUACUAAACCUACAUUAGUUCAAGAAAUUACAAGUAAAAUUAGCCAAUCUAAUAAUAAUAGGAAAAACAAUGUAUCUAAUGUCAGUG